AGCAGCGGCCCAAGGCGCGCCUCCAGGCUCUCUCGCGACGACAGCGAUGCUUCGUCGUUCGCUUCAGACGCUCGCGAGCGUUGGCGCGCGUGCACAUGCGCAGCGCGCCGGCUGCGUCGGCUUCCAGAGCGCGUUCCACGCGCCCGUUUUCGGCAACGAGGAGCGGAGCUCCGCUGCCGAUCGCGUGUCGCACUCGCGACUCGCUGCCGCUGUCGCCUGGAGAGGCAUGUCCACCGACAUCACCGUCAACAGCGCGAACAGCGGCGCAAUCACCGCCGCGCUCAAGACCCCGACCGCCGACAUCAAGUACGACGAGAGCAACCACUCGGUAGAUAAACCCGGCGAUCCCUCCAAGAGGGCGUUCACGUACAUGGUCCUCACCGGCGGCCGCGUCAUCUACGCGUCCGCCCUUCGACUCGCCGUGCUCAAGUUUCUCCUCUCCAUGAGCGCCUCCGCCGACGUCCUCGCGCUGGCGUCUCUGGAGGUGGACCUCGGCAAGAUCGAGUCCGGCCAGACGGUCACCGUCAAGUGGCGCGGUAAGCCGGUGUUCAUCCGCCGAAGGACGGAGGGUGAGAUUGAGCGGGAGGUUGCCGUGGACGUGGCGUCGCUUCGCGAUCCGCAAGCCGACGCGGACCGGGCGCAAAACCCGGAGUGGAUGGUCCUCGUCGGCGUGUGCACCCACCUCGGGUGCGUGCCAAUCUCCAACGCGGGCGAUUACAACGGGUGGUUCUGUCCGUGCCACGGCUCGCACUACGACGCGUCCGGGCGCAUUCGCAAGGGGCCCGCGCCGUACAACCUGGAGGUGCCGGAGUACAAGUUCAUGGACGGGGACAAGAUGGUCAUCGGAUGA